AUGGCGGCGCGGACGCAGCACCGCCCGCUCCAUCCGCUGCCGGGAAAAAGAAGUCCCCGCCGCCGCCGCCGCCGCCGCGCCCCCGCCCCCACCCGCCGCCGCCGCCGCCGCCGCGCCCCCCGCCCGCGCCCCCGCCCGGCCCCGCCGCCGCUCCCGGGCGCCCCCGCCCCCGGGCCUGUACCUCCGCCUCGCGCGCGGCCGCGGCGUCCGGAAGCUGUCCGCCGCUGCGGGGCUGCGCGUCCCGGGUCCUCGCGCGCGCCGUGCCGCCGCCGCUGCCCGGGCGCCCUCGCCUCACCGCCCCGGAGCCUCGCCGGCCGCACCGCAGACGCGUCGCCGCCCCCGGUGAGCCACCGGACGCCGCCCGGGACCGGUGGAAGGACACGAAAAGGAGUGCGCGGACACCCGACGGCGGAGGGACACCGCGCCACCAGCGCAGCGCCGGCCGCCCCGCGGCGGCUCCGACGGGCCUCCGGGCGCGGGGCAGCAACGCCGGAGAGGAACAAGGCCCGCACCGGGCGCUCCCGGGGGCGGGCGCAUCCAACGCGGGUUUCGCGAGCUCGGGCCGCGUCGUUGCCGUCGCUUCGGCUCGCGGCGGAGGGAUCGCGGCCGGGACGGCGGCGGCAGGGAUCCCUCCGCCCCUCGCUGCCCUUUAAAUCGCGGCUGGAGGCGGCGCCGCCGAGCGCCUCGCGGGCGCCCCCUAGGCGCGAGGGGCUGCGGUGCGUGGAGCCCGCGGGGCCGCGGCCCCCGGCGCACCUGCGCCCACCCGGGACCGCUCCCGAGCGGGGCCGGCCCGCGCCUCCCGCCGGCGCCGGGGCAGGCGGCCGCGGAACGGGAGUCUCUUUGUUGUGGGGCUGCGGUGUGGCCGCGGGGCACACGCGCGCUGGUGGCCCGUGCGGGCGGACCGAGGGGAGCCCCGCCGCGUGUGCGGCGGAGACGCGGCCCCUUGUCCGGGAGCCCGGGCGUCGCCCCACGCUCUGGGUCUUGCCAUCUGCGAGUGAGGGGCACCAGUAGGAACACGGGGAGCAGCGCGUGUCCAGCCCGUGGCCGCGCUCGGGGUGCAGCCGCGGGGACCGGUGUCCGCCCAGGGAAACUGAGGCACGGAGAGGUUCCCAUAAAGGCGGUGCCUGGGGCCUGCGAGGAGGCGUUGGGGUGGCCGCGGGUGUGCAGGUGCAUGGAGCCUGUCAGGGAAGGGGGUCGUUAGGGAAUGGACGCGGGACCCUCUGCAGCAAAGGACAGGGAGGGCGCCCUUGACCUUGGCCGGGGGACAUCAGGCUGGCUGCCUGCUCCGCGGGGGAAACUGAGGCACGGUGGGGCAGGUGGGGGCAGCGCUGGGUUUGCAAAGCCGCGGCUCCUCCCACCGCCCUCACCUGUGGGGUCCGCGCCUCCUGCGGGGAUCGGGCAGGGCCCGGGAUCUUUCCUGCUCCCGGGAGGCCCACAGGCCCCCUCCUCCGGGCAGGGGCCUCGCAGGCGCCUGCUCUGUCUCCCCGGCUGCUGGUUUAUCGUCCAGAUCUCUGCAGUUUCGCAGGGCCGGGCUUCAGGACCGGGCUCACACCCCAGAGACCCGAGGCCGCCUGUGCCACCCCCGUGGCCGUGGGCCAAUGCCCGUGGGAGGCCAGCACGCCUGGGAGACGCCCCUGCCUCGGGCACCCUUGGCCCCAGGCCCACCGUGGGCCACUGCCCGUGGGAGGACGCCCCUGCCUCGGGCACCCGUGGCCCCAGGCCCACCGUGGGCCACUGCCCGUGGGAGGACGCCCCUACCUCGGGCACCCGUGGCCCCAGGCCCACCUCUGGGUGCGCGGUGCCCAGGCCUGCCUGCGUCCAGCCACAUCUGCACAGGGCUUCACGGGACCCCCUCGGGGACCCCUCAGACCGACACCAGGCCCGAGACGCCGGCCCGGAGGUUUCUUUCUGCCCAGUGCCAGGCUCAGGGUUCUAGGAGGUGCUGUGUGGGCCUGGCCGGGGAGACGGGUGAGCCCGCGUUCAGGCCCCUGGCUCGGGGUCCAGCCCUCCCCAGCCCCCGCACGGGGGCUGCGCUCCUCUUCAGCACAGAUGCCUGGUGGGCUCCUGACCCAGGGACACCCAGCUGGGCAGAGGGCACAGCCGGGACGUGGGCCUCCCCGGGAAGCCUGGGACUUUGACUUCCAGACGGUGAGGUGAGCGAGGCCAGCUGGCGAGGGAGGGGGAGGGGGCAGGAAGUAGGUGGCCCGGCACCUGCCCAGGCCCACGUGACAGGAGCCGCAGGCAUUUACACUGGGAAGCCUCUGCGUGGCUGAGGCCAGGGGCCCCCACCGGGCCUGGCCUGCUGGGCAGGGAUUAACGGCUCCAAAGAAGGCUGGAGCUGGGGGAAGGGGCAGCAGCCCCAGAGCGUGCCCUCUGGCUGGGCCAGCGUCCGUUCCGUGUCCCCGGUAGGGGGCACCACCACCUGCCUCGCUCUCAAAGCCCCUCCAGCACGCCUGCUUGCUGGGAUCCUGCGCCCAGCCGGGGGACAGGUCACUUCUCACUGUGAGCACCCCCCCCUGCCCCCGCCCGGAAGACAGGACUGUCCUGAUGGGAGCAGGUGUCUGGAGCUGGGCACAAGGGGCCAUCCUGGACCACAUGCCCGGGCAGCACUGGCCCUGCGCCACCCCUGCCCCACCCCCACCGCCCUCCUGUGCCAGGUGAGGAGACGGCCUGGGUCAAGGGUCGGCAGCGGCCACUGCCGGGGUCUGACCGGGGUUUGAAUCCCUGUGACGCGGGCGUCUGUCCCGUCCGUUCCCGCAGUGCCGGCCCGGGGCCUGCCCCAGGGGUCUCCUUCAGAGCGCAGGUUCCCGUCCCCAGCCGGGACCUCGCUGGACUUCAGGCAGCAGCGCUCGGUGUGCACCGGGCGUUUGGAGUACCGCGCGCCAUGACAACCGCUGUCUCAGGGACCCCCUCUGCCCCUCAGCCCCCACCCCAAGUCCCCCGUUCCUGGUGACGGCUCGCUAGGGCCUGGCGGGGGGUUGGGGUGUGCCCUCAGGAGGAGGACCCUGGAGAGGGUCCUUGCAAAGCCCAGUGGGGUCGCCAUCGCUCUGCUCGCCAGCUCGCCCCUGACCCUCCCGUGGACACGCCAUGCCCUCCAGGGCCACCCGCUUCCGUCACUGGACUUGAACUUCCGAAACUGAGAGCUCCGUCGGCUGCCCCUGGCAUUUCGUUGUAACAGCCGGAGGUGGCUGAUGGGACAUGUGGACUCCCGUGGCUUCCCCUCGGUGCCGGGCCGGGCUGGGGCAUCUGGGGUUCCAGGCUGUGAGCUUCUCCCGGGCAGGGCGCUGAGUCUGGCUCACGGCGGCGCCUACAGCACCCAAACAGCCGUGGGCCCUGGUGAGUCCCGGAGGGAGGGCCGGGCCGGCCUCCCAGGACUGCUGCAGGGUGGGAGACCCCUCCCCACUCUGCCAGUGAGGCUUCUUAACCACCCAGCCCCGCAAGCUGUGGGGUUUGUGUGGGGAGGUGUCCCCUCCCCGGCAGUCAGGCCUGGUGUGGAGAAGGCCCCCCUGCCCCCGCAGUCAGGCCUGCUGUGGGGGAGGUGUGGGGAGGUGUGUCCCCUCCCACAGUCAGACCUGCUGUGGGGGAGGUGUGGGGAGGUGUCCCCCCCUCCCUGGGGCAGUCAGGCCUGCUGUGGGGGAGGUGUGGGGAGGUGCCCCCUCCCACAGUCAGGCCUGCUGUGGGGUUUGUGUGGGGAGGUGUCCCCUCCCCGGCAGUCAGGCCUGGUGUGGAGAGGUCCCCCCCGCCCCUGCAGUCAGGCCUGCUGUGGGGGAGGUGUGGGGAGGUGUCCCCCCUCCCCAGGGCAGUCAGGCCUGCUGUGGGGGAGGUGUGGGGAGGUGCCCCCUCCCACAGUCAGGCCUGCUGUGGGGGAGGUGUGGGGAGGUGUCCCCCCCUCCCUGGGGCAGUCAGGCCUGGUGUGGGGGAGGUGUGGGAAGGUGCCCCCCCCCGCAGUCAGGCCUCUGUGGGGUUUGGGUGGGGAGGUGCCCCCCCGCAGUCAGGCCUGCUGUGGGGGAGGUGUGGGGAGGUGUCCCCCCUCCCCAGGGCAGUCAGGCCUGCUGUGGGGGAGGUGUGGGGAGGUGCCCCCUCCCACAGUCAGGCCUCUGUGGGGUUUGUGUGGGGAGGUGCCCCUUCCCCACCCCACCCCCCGCCAUCAGGCCUGGUUCUGGGUCCUGUGUACUUCCUGUUCCACAUCCCCGCCCUGUCCCGCCACCUCCAUGACAGGCGGGGAGGGGAGGCCUGGUGAGGUGCCUGAGGCCGGGAGACGGGACUGGAAGUCGGCGUGGAUCACGGGUCUGCAGGCUGCGGAGGGCCGUCCUGCUGCGUGGUCCGAUGGCCACGUGGGCCACGCAGCGCAUGAGCCGGCCGGAAGCUUCCUCCCGCUCCUGCAGAGCCACGCUCGCCCGUAACCCCCACGGCCCCCUCGCAGUAUCAGCAACAGGAGGAUCGGGAGCUCACGUUUCUGACGCGUGAAUUUGGGGGGACGCGCUCGAACUGCCGCUGGGGCCGGUAGGAGCCUGGCCUGGCUGUGACUUGCAGGCGUUGGAGAGCUGAACCAGCGGACGGCAGAUCUCCCGCUGUGUCCGUCUCGGUCGCUCUGCCUUUCCAAUAAAUGAGAGCAAGUCACCUGCUAAACGUUUAUGUGAGCCUUAUGUUACAGGGGAAAGGCCAGAAACCAGGCCACGCAGAUUGCGGGAUUCCAGCUGCACGUACUCUGCACCCAACAGAGCCGCUGGCACCUUUCUCGUGAGGUGGGACCGUCUUGUUUGGGGGCUAAUGACCUGACUGUGUGUUGUGAGAACUUUUUUUUAAGAUUUACUUAUUUUGGGGGCCGGCACUGUGGCGUAGCAGGGGCCGUGGCCUGCAGUGCAGGCAUCCCAUAUGGGCGCUGGCUUGAGUCCCGGCUGCUCCACUUCCCAUCCAGCUCUCUGCUGUGGCCUGGGAAAGCAGUGGACGAUGGCCCAAGUGCUUGGACCCCUGCACCUGCAUGGGAGACCUGGAAGAAGCUCUUGGUUCCUGGCUUCGGAUCGGCACAGCUCCGACCGUUGUGGCCAUCUGGGGAGUGAACCAACAGAGGGAAGACCUUUCUUUCUGUCUCUCCCUCUCACUGUCUGUGGCUCUACCUCUCAAAUAAAUAAAUCUUUAAAAAAGAAAGGCCGGCACCAUGGCUCAGUAGGCUAAUCCUCCACCUUGCGGCGCCGGCACACUGGGUUCUAGUCCCGGUUGGGGCACCGGAUUCUGUCCCGGUUGCCCCUCUUCCAGGCCAGCUCUCUGCUGUGGCCCGGGAGUGCAGUGGAGGAUGGCCCAGGUGCUUGGGCCCUGCACCCCACGGGAGACCAGGAUAACUACCUGGCUCCUGGCUUCGGAUCAGCGUGGUGUGCAGGCCCCAGUGCGCCGGCCACGGCGGCCAUUGGAGGGUGAAUCAAUGGCAAAGGAAGACCUUUCUCUCUGUCUCUCUCUCUCACUGUCCACUCUGCCUGUCAAAAAAUAAAAUAAAAAUAAAGAAAAAAGAUUUAUUUAUUUUGAAAGAGUUAGAGAGACAGAGACAGAGAGCUCCUCCAUCCACUGGUUCACUCCCCAGAUGGCCGAAAUAGCCAGGGCUGGGCCAGGCUGAAGCCAGGAGCCAGGAGCUCCCUCCAGGUCUCCCCUGUGGGUGCAGGGGCCCAAGCGCUUGGGCAUCUUCUGCUGCUUUCCCAGGCGGGGAGCUGGAUGGGAAGUGGAGCAGCCGGGACGUGAACCAGCACCCGUAUGGGAGGCCGGCAUUGCAGAUGGAGGUUUUACCGGCUGCGCCACAGCUCUGGCCAAAUGAAAACUCUUAAGCUGUGCAUCUGAGUUCUGUGUGAAUUACUACAUGCAAGUUAUACCUGCAAAAAUAAGAGGAGAAAAUACGGAAAAAACCUGGAUUUGCCUGGCUACUGCUCGAUGGGCCUUCCGUUUCCUGUGACCUGACCGCGUGCGAGUGAGCUUGGCACACUGGUUCUUCCGCGGGUGUUUCCCAGGCGUUGCUCCCGGGACUGAGCCGGGUUCCAGGUGCAGGGGGGACACGGAAGGGUCUGCCCCUCAGUCAGGCACUUGCCGUGCCGUUGAAAGGAGAACAAGUCACUCCUGCUUCUCGUAGACCUGCUGGGGCCCCGUCACCGGGCGGGCCUCCCUGCCACGGGCCCCCGCGCCGCCUCCUGGCUGCUGCCUGGCCGGCACCAGACGGACGCCUCCAGCCAGUUCUGCGUUGACCUUGGUCUUCUCUGGCCAGGAUAUAUGUGCAUCCUGUGGAGUCAGCUUUUUUGUUCUGUUUCAUAAUCGCUCCUUCCUUGAGUCAUAGCUCAGAGAUGUCCUUGGGCUGUUGGCCCAUCUGCUGGCAAAGGCCAAGUGUGGUGUCUCCCGAGUCAAAAGUUGAGACCAUCCUUCCCCCACUCCCCAGAGAUCUUUUUUGUUUGAAAGGCAGAGUAAUGGAGAGGGAGAAACAGAAAGACAUCUCCACCUGCUGGGUCACUCACACGGCCGCAGCGGCUGGGCUGGGACUCCAUCUGGGUCCCCACGUGGGUGGCGCGGACCCGAGCAUUUGAGUCCUGCCCUGUUGCCUCCCAGGGUGUGGAUUAGUAGGAAGCUGAAACAGGGACGUCAGGGCUUGAACAGGGCCCUGGGGCGACUUUAACCAUUGACCCAAACACCUGCCCCCGAAACGCUUGUCCGGGUUGUCUGUGCGGGUGUUUCUGGAAGAGAAGUGGACUGGGUGGGAAGCCCUGCCGUGACAUGGGGGCGGCCGGCAUUCAGUCUCCUGAGGGCCAGGUGAGAGUGCGGAGAGCCCUCGGCACAGACGUUCAGCAGGGCGAGGAAGGCCAGACGAUGAGCUUCACCUCUGACCCUCUCCUGAGAACAGAGGAAUGAGGUGCAGUGGGCCUGGCACCUGCAGUGCCGCCACCCCAUAUGGCGCUGGUUUGAGACUCCGCUCCUCCACUUCCGACCUAGCUCUCUGCUGUGGUCUGGGAAGGCUGUAAAAGACGGCCCAAGUCCUCGGGCCCCCGCAGCCGCGUGGGAGACCUGGAGGACACUCCUGGCUCCUGGCUUCAGAUCAGCGCAGCUCUGGCCAUUGCGGCCAUUUGGGGAGUGAA